AAAACAACAACCUUUUUCAGUGCCUGCCUGGCCUGAUCUGACUUGAUCUGCUUCUGCUCAUCCUCAAGUUGCUCGCCUACAGUCACUGGAGAGGUGCGCGCUCUAUCGGUCGACUACGACUUUGCGCAUCAGUUCCCAGAUAUUUCAACGGCACCGCGAACCGUCAACAACACUCCACAUCCUCUUUCUUCCACUUGGGUUCGCGUCCGACAACUUACACCUUACCUUGCACGUCACGAUCCACUUCUCGAGCAUGGAAUAGGCGCGCUCUCCCAUCGCAAUACCUUCGACUUCAUCAUUCCUGCGGCUUCUGGAGCUCUUCUGUGCUGCUCCUCGUAGCCAUCGCCACCCGCGUCGGCAGCUAGGCCAUCCAUCCGCACCUCACCGCCGCCAUGUUCUCUCCAUCUCAGAACAGCGCUGGCGGCCCAGCCAUGGCAACCCGCAGCCGCCGACGACAGCGCAACCCGAGUGGUGACAACAGCCUGACCCAACAGCCCAAGGCGAAGCGACAGCGCGGCCCCCUGACCGAGUCCACCUUUACCAACCCCGAGGUGAAGAGCUCUCAGCCGGAGAUGCUCGAGGUCAAGCACGAUAAGAUUGCGCGGUUGCCCUCGAAGCCUGACGGCCUGGACAGCGCGGCAGCCGCCACAAAAACAUUCCGUCGAGAGGUCACAGUGCGGUCGAAAAAGCCCAAACAGGGCGAGCGCACAAGCAAGAGCGACGGCAGCGUUGAAUUGACAAAAACAAGCGCGUAUACCGUGAGCAAGCUGCAAGCACUACCGGAUAGGGUUCGCGCAGAAACUGCUGGCCGUCAACACGGUGUACUCGAUGCCUCCAACGGAUUCGCCCUCUGCCUGACGCACACGCACGCCUUUGUCUGGCAGUAUGCCUCAACAAGUCCCUCGCCCGAGACGUUCACAUUCACCCUACCAUAUCCCUCGAAGCACACGUCCGACCCGCUACCCCUUGGAGCCUUUGUCUCGCCAGGAACUUCGAACGAAGAGCCUGGUCUCGUAGUGGUUAUGCCCGUGAGCGGAAAAAUCUCGUUCUGGGAACACAUAUCCAGCGCAGCGACCCUCGACUACUUCACACAGCAGAGAACUGGCGUCGAAGACACGAUCCCUGGCCUGUUCGGAGGCGAGCACGUUGUACAGGUGACCAGGGCCGACUCUGCAGGCUUCAUACUAGCUCUCAGCAGUGGGCGAUUGGCACAUCUCAGCGUCCGUGACGGCCAGGGGAAGCCAGCAAUAUCCAUUCAAUUCCUCCGGACCACAUGGGGCCAAUCAUCUGGUGUAUUAGACAGCUUCUUUGGGGGGAUCAAAAACGCCUUGAAGUCAGCCGUCCAGCGUGGCGAUCUCGCAGCUGUGAGGGUCGAUCCUGCUGUCCGAGCUGGCCCGAGGAAUGUUGUGGCAGCGACAAAAGCGGGCAGAUUGCACGCCUGGCGGGUACAACGUGGAGGGCUUCACGAGAUCAUUGCCAGCGUCGAUACACGUGACGCCAUUCUGUAUGGCCUCCACGAGAUCCUCCCAGGGCUUACUUCAGGCCUCGACUUCGAGGUUGUCGAUUUUACGUACGUGCCAAGAAACAUCGAAGAGAAAUACACCCAGGCCAGCCGGUUGAGCGACGCCCUUCUCAAGGACGAUGACUCUACGCAGCACCUCCUACUCUUGGUUUCUCUGAGCAACAAGCGCCAGUCGCAGUAUGCUCUUGUCGAGAUCGAGAUUCAGGGUGAAGCUUCGCAAGUCGGUAUGAUCAGGACGAUCUCAUCAUACACCACCCCCGUCAACCCUUCAGCGACCUGCAAGCCACGGCUCUACCUCCCGAGGCCAGCCCUGGUCGCCUUCAUCAUCUUUGACCGUGCUGUUGUCGUCGCCUCGGUGGCCGCGCCACCAGAGACACCCGAUUCGCAGUUACAGGAAGAAAAUCACGUCAUCCCCGCGACUUUCGAAGAUGUCGUAGAUCUAAGGAGUGAGGACUCUCUGGAGGUUGUGGGCACGGGACUGGAAGAACCACAGGGUCCAGGUCAAGAACUUGAGACCUCGAGAUCUCACCGGCCCAAAACAAAGAACCCGACUGCGUUGCUACUGGUUCGAGGCAUCGGGGUCGUCAAGAUUGCCCUCCCGGACGUGGACCGCUUCGCCAGCGAGGACCCCCCAGAAGUGACGGCAAAAGACAAGCUGGAACAGGCCGUUUUCUAUGGCCUGAAAGACGACAACCCGUUGGCGUUCGAAGGCCGGAGAAAUACGCAGUUUUCUGACGACCAAGUGGCAGACGCAGCCGUGGCGCUGUCAGAUGAGAUCCUCGCGUCCAAGCCGGCCGCUCUAUCAGGAGGCUCAGCCUCGACGGACACCAACCUGCGGCAGCGGAGCAUCUGGCUUGACAAGCUCAUGUCGCAUCUCAAUGCGCAGAAGGUGGCUCUGAAUCGUCGCACCAAAUGGUACCUGCUUGCCAAUGCCGAGAAGCUGCACUCGGCCCGAGAGGUCUGGAGACUGCAUGAGAUGUUCUUGAACGAGCGCCCAAGCCACGAGAAGAAGACGAUCGUGUCGGAAGCCAUCGAAUGCAUCAACGAGGAGGCAAAGAAGGCCCCCGACCGGUCAUCUGGGGAACUUGAUCGCGCCCGCACGUGGUUCAUCUACGAUACGGGCAACCUGGAUGUCUUCCUGCCCUGGAAUUACCAGGUGAUCAAGCAGUUCCGAAAGCACCAGCUCGCCGACGCUGCAGCCAUGACGCGGCUGCUCUACGAGGCUGUGACCGUCUUCUACGAGACCCUUCGCGGGGCUCGAGAAUACCGUGCACGCAAGCUAGACCUCUACGGCCUCAGCGGCGAGGUCAUGCAGCUAGGAAUCCUCCUAAGGACCGAAGAUUAUGAGAGCCUGCCCAAGUUCUGGACAUCGACAGAACUCAUCUGCGAGUAUUUCUACCGCCUCAUCGAGCUGUGCGAGCUCUGGCUUGAUAACCACCGGCCUGCAGACGCCAGGAAUGGAGGACCGACCGCAGACCUACUCGAAUCGAUCCGAGGCAUCUUCCCAAAUCUCAUAGACCAGCUUUUUCUCACCCUGCACGAGUUCAUCCGGUGGUCAGAUGGGAAUGGAGACGAGGGCAUCGAUCACAACGGGACGCCCUUCAGCGAAAAGUGCCGAUCUGUCAUUCUCAGCACCACCGACCUGCUGAUGAAGCUCGUUAAGUACGGGCUCACCGAUGAAGCCCUCUCUAUUGCCGAGAAGUAUCACAUCAACAAGGCCAUGGCACAGUUGGUCGUCACCCAGAUGAUGGAUCUCAGGGCGGAAAUCGCCAAGUCGCGCAAACCUGAUCAGCUGCGCGUCAGCUUGGACAGCAAGAAACAGCAGCUGAUGCAGUACAUGGAUGAGUACGGUGCCAGCUUUGCCUUUGAGGCCUACAAACUGCUCCUGGAACAUGGUGGCCCCCAGGAAAUCUUGAACUUCUCGUCCUUGGACAAACAAGGCUUUGCGACCAUGUUCCUGCGGAAUGAUGAGCGGCUUGGCAAGGUCUCGUGGAUCAACGACAUUGAGCACGAGAAGGAUCUCAAGAGGGCGGCCCAGACGCUUGUUGAUGUCGGCGAGAGGGAGGAACAGGUCUGGAGCAAGAAGAUCGAGCUGAGCCUGGGCAAGCUGACACUGCUGGCCGAUGGCGCAGGCGCAGAUCCUGAACAAGCAACAGCCGAGGAUCGCAGCAAGGCCGCAGAGUUUGACGCCGAGCUCGUCCGGAUCGAGAAAGACCUGGAGAUCAUCCGCAUACAAGACAGGCUCUACCAAGUCCUGUCUCCCUCCUUCCAGGAUGCGGUGGAUGAUGUGGCAGCCGUCGAGCUCGCCAUGCAGACCUUUGCACCUAAGAUUCCUAAGAAGUACAAGGUGCUCCAGGACGACCUCCAGGACGCCAUGAGCUCACUUGUCGCGCACAAAGCAAUGGCACCGUUGACCCUGAUCAACCUUCUUACACUAAUUCGGUUGGACGAGAUUGGUGGCCAGGAGACGGACCUGUUCUCGGACGCUAUUCGCAUCGCUGACCUGGCCCUUCAUGGCCCCCUGAAGCAGCAGGCCAUGCGGCUCGUCUGGCGACGGUGCUAUAUCCGUGAUGACUGGUCCAAGGUGAACCACACAGAGAACAUGAACGACGGUGCGGUGCUGCACAUCCUGCGGCAGACACAGGCUUACUGCACCAUGGUGGCGUGCAUCCGAUGGCGACUAAGCGAUCCCCUGGUUCAGGCGCCCAGUCUGCACGGUCAUUCUGCUCUAUCUGCUCUCUCAGAAAUGAACGGAACCGACAGAGAUCACAUCUAUAUCACCUCUCCUGAAGAAGCUCAGGGUGUCUUCACAGAGGCCUCGGAGGAGCGCUUUGGCUCCGAAAAUGAUGACCCGGCGCUGCUCGAGAAGCGUGCAGAGGCUAUGCGCUGGGAGGAUACGGCCUUGAAGAAGUUUGCCGAGAAGAACCAGCUGGUGAAGUGGGCUUCAGCUGCGUACGAGGCGGCAGACAGGGCCGUGCGAUUCCACAAGGUCGACGCUGUCGCUAAUGGCACGAAUGGCGCGAACGGCAACCUUGCCAACGGCAAUGAUGUGGCUAACGGCCACGUAGUAGACAGCAUUGAGGAGGACGAGGAGAUGGACGAGAUCUCUUGAUGAUGAUCGUGGUGGGAAGUGGAGGAAGAGGAACAUUUGGUGGAUGGAAAAGAGGAAUGCCGGGACCUUCGUUCGGGAUGGCAAAAGACAACAAAACAAAACUUACUGGCACGCGCUUGCUAUGCGGGGGCCUGAUUGAAUUAUGGCCAUCUGACCUAUCGUACUCAAACAAUAUGCAUCAACACGGGAAGGGGAGGGGAGUGACUACUUGCGGUUUGGGCGGCGUUCACGGCUUGUGUUUGCAGGAAAACAUGGCCGCAAAGGAAAGAAAGAGUGUAGCAUUGUUUUUUUCCUUCUGUGUUCCGUAUAACACCAUUCUUUACAGGUUUCAAGGUUCCCCCACCUGUGUGUGAGAGAAGACGAGGAGAUUUGUCCAUAAGUGUGGACAUCGAGCAACAAAUGCAACGUAACACAACAUAAUGGAUGAUGGCCAUAGCAAAAAUAGCAGAAAGAAUUUCGAAAUCG